AUGAAGAAUGCAUCAAGGCAGACUUCAAAACAGAAGACAACUAUCUCACGGCUUAACAAUAUUCCUGCCAGUACGAGUCUAGUAGAAUCUCUCAGUAUUCCUUUCGAUGAUCGAAUGGAUUUGAUUGUAGGUCUAAUCGAUCCAGAAGAAUACGAAGGUGAAGUUCUAAAACAUAUUGGAUUCGCAACUCCUCAGGACUGUAUGACCGCCAUAACAUUUGAUGAUGAAUAUUUACAAUUGGGUUCUCGUCCAUAUAAUAGGCCACUGUAUGUCAGCGGUUAUAUUCGAGGAUACAAGAUGAAUCGCAUAAUGAUUGAUUGUGGAUCUGCUAUGAAUAUUAUGCCAGUUAAAACAGUGAAGAAGGUUGGGACUAAUGUUGGUGAUCUGUCCAGAAGCAAAAUCAUGAUUCAAGGAUUCAAUCAGAAAGGUCAGCGAGCCAUUGGCAUGAUUCGCUUGAAGCUACAAAUAGGAGAGUUAAUCUCCUCAGCUCUCUUCCAUGUCAUUGAUGCUAAAACAUCAUAUGAGUUACUCUUUAGAUGUGUUUGGCUACAUGAAACUAGAGUGGUACCUUCCACCUGGCACCAAUGCUUCAAAUAUAGCCGAGAUGGAGAAGUUAAAUGUGUGGUAGCUGAGUCUAAACCAUUCCUUGAAGAAGAAUCCCAUUUUGCUGACGCCAAAUUCUACAUGGAAGAUGAAGAGUGCAAUUCUGUAAGGUUGACAAUGUCUGGAUUCAAAAUCAAAAAAGAUGCAAAUGAUCAUGAUACGUCUAGUGCUGUUCAAUCUCAUCAAAUUAUUAAAGGCAAAUCAAAAUUUACAUUCGAAGGAUUCUCUAGAGGCAAAAAACCUCAAAUAGAAUCAACCGAUUUUGAGGUAUUGAAAAAAGAGAUAACUCUUCUAAUACCUAGUAUUCUAAAAUUGCUUCUACCCCAUCAACUCAUGGCGGUCCGAGAGGAAUAUAGACCUACAUUAGAGGCUUCGACAUCCGUUCCAGACAUAUCAAAACUUUAUAUUUCUAGCUCACCCAAACAAGAAGGAGCUCCUGAAUCAAAAAAGACUUUCAAAGGAUGUUACAAUCCUCAAGUCAAAAAGUUAUUUGAAAAUGUUGGGUUUGGAAAAGGAGAGCCUCGUAAAUUAGGUUAUCUUAACACUGUCCUUUCAUGUGGGCGUGUCCCUUCUAAUUCUGAUGGAACCCUGAUGUCUCGACCUAGGUAUGGUUUGGGAUAUGAUCCUAAUCCACCAAGGAAGAUUAAGGUCAAGAAGGUUUCCUCAAACCCCAUCAUGGUUCAAAUUUAUGAAGUUACAGAAGAGAAAUUAGAACAACCGAGACCUUCAGUGUUCGAUCGAAUUGAAAGUGAGAAUGCUAGAGUUUCGGUGUUUACAAGGUUAAAAGGAGAACCCUCUCUAGUGGUCGAUGUAAAAGGUAAAGUUUCCAUCUUUCAAAGAUUAAACGAAGAUUCUUCUUCUUCUACCCAGAUUGAUAGAAAUGGUAAAGAAGACGAGGAAAAAGUUUUUACCAAUCACGUAGCCUUUGAAGAAGCUCCCGAUUCAGACUCUGAAUCCAAAAGUUCUGUUGAUGAACCUAAACUAGCCCCACCUACAUUUGAAGAAGGUGGGCAAGCUACUGUGAAUGACUUAAAACAAUUGAACUUGGGAAUCGAAGAAGACCCGAGACCAGUAUUUUUAAGUACCCUCCUUAGUCAAAAAGAGGAAUUCGAGUACAUUAGUUUGCUUCAGGAAUACAAAGACGUGUUUGCGUGGUCUUACAAGGAGAUGCCGAGGUUAAACCCUAAGGUUUCAGUACAUCAUCUCGCAAUAAGACAUGGAGUUCGACUAGUCAAACAACCUCAAAGAAGAUUUCGACCAGAACUGAUCCCUCAAAUUGAAGUAGAAGUCAACAAACUUAUUGAAGCUAGAUUCAUACGUGAAGUGAAAUAUCCAACAUGGAUCGCGAAUAUUGUCCCUGUUAAAAAGAAGAACGGGCAAUUAAGAAUUUGUGUUGACUUUCGAGAUUUGAAUCAAGCAUGUCCGAAAGAUGAUUUUCCACUUCUGAUAACAGAAUUGAUGGUGGAUGCAACUACCGGAUAUGAAGUCUUAUCUUUCAUGGACGGAUUCUCCAGAUACAAUCAGAUACAAAUGAACCCGAAAGACUAG